GCUCCACGACCCCUCUAACAAGUUGGCUGGAGUCGGGACGCUGGAAAGCAACUCCGAGGAGAGGGUACCAGCCCACGGCGGCCGCCGCCAGAAUGACUCGCGGGGAGUAGCAACCGAAGACGGCGGCCGCCUCAGUAGCCAUCGCGUGUGGAGGAUAAACGGCCGACACGGCCAACGCGGCGGCCAGUUAAGGGAAAGAGUUAGCGAAGACCAGGACUUUAGUCCCAGUGAAGACUGGGAAAGAAUCCGCGAAGACGGCGGCCACCUCUGUCGGGGCUCUACAAGAAGACUAAGUGAAAACAUCGGUUUCUCCCCCAGUGAUUCGAGAAGAGUCAAUGAAAACCUGGGCAGUGUCUCUCGGGAGAGAGUUACGGGAGAUGGAGGCCGCCGUCACAGCAGCUCCUGGGAGAGAGUAAGGGGAGCCCAAGGCUUCAGCAGCAGCGACGUGAAUUUAAGUGAGGUCGGCAGCCACCGAACUAGUGACUGUGAGGGACUGGUCGGAGAAGACCGCGGCCUCUGCUUUAGUGAUUCUUGGGAGGGUGUCAGAGAAGUCCCGGGCCCCCAACCCGGCGACUCCGGCGAGAGAGGCAGUGACUACUGCAGACGCCGCCUCAGUGGCUCUUGGGAGGAAGGGAGUGUCUAUGGCGGCCACAGCCUCAGUAAUUCCUGGGAGGGAAUAAGUGAAGACCGCGGCUACGCGGCCAGCGACUCCUCCGCGGUGAGCGUAGACACCAGCUGCUGCCUCCGUGGCUUCUGGGAGAGAGAAAGUAUAGACGAGGGUUUCCGCUGCCGGAGCUCUUGGGAGAAAACCAGGGAGGACCGGGUCCCCGGUCUUAGCGACGACGAAGGCAGCCACUACAGUGGCUCGUGGGUGACAGCAAGUGAAGAUCGCCGCAGCAGCGGGGGCCUGGACUCGAGUCCUCCCCGGAGUCCGAGGGAUCGCACCAUGCCAGGGGUGUCCGAUUCAGGCCCCUCCACCUCCUCUAGGGAGACUGCAACCCCGUGUGCCCGGAAGAAGGUUCAUUUUGGUAACAUACAUGAUGCAGUACGGGCUGGAGAUGUAAAGCAGCUUUCAGAUAUAAUAGAACGAGGAGUCUGCAUUAAUGAAGUUGACAUUCUCCAUAAGUUUACCCCUUUACAUUGGGCAGCACAUUCUGGAAGUUUGGAGGCUCUCAUAAUCAAUGGGGCAAAUCUGACAGCUCAAGAUGAUCGUGGAUGCACUCCUUUACACCUUGCUGCAACACAUGGACAUUCUUUCACUUUACAAAUAAUGCUCCGAAGUGGAGUGGAUCCCAGUGUGACUGAUAAGAGAGAAUGGAAGCCUGUGCACUAUGCAGCUUUUCAUGGGCGACUUGGCUGUUUACAGCUUCUCGUUAAAUGGGGAUGUGGAAUAGAAGAUGUGGACUACAAUGGAAACCUUCCAGUUCACUUAGCAGCCAUGGAAGGUCACCUUCACUGCUUUAAAUUCCUACUCAGUAGAAUGAACAGUACAACACAAGCUUUAAAAGCCUUCAAUGAUAAUGGAGAAAAUGUAUUGGAUCUGGCUGAGAGGUUCUUUAAGCAGAAUAUUUUGCAGUUUAUCCAAGGAGCUGAGUAUGAAGGAAGUGAUCCAAAAGAUCAGGAAACCUUAGCAUUCCCAGGUCAUGUGGCUGCCUUUAAGGGUGAUUUGGAAAUGCUUAAGAAAUUAAUAGAAGAUGGAGUAAUCAAUAUUAAUGAACGGGAUAAUAAUGGAUCAACUCCUAUGCAUAAAGCUGCUGGGCAAGGCCACAUAGAGUGUUUGCAGUGGAUAAUUAAAAUGGGAGCAGACAGUAAUAUUACCAACAAAGCAGGGGAGAAACCCAGCGAUGUGGCUAAGAGGUUUGCCCAUUUAGCAGCUGUAAAGCUACUAGAGGGGCUACAGAAAUAUGACAUAGAUGAUGAGAAUGAAAUUGAUGAAAAUGAUAUAAAGUUUUUUUCAAGACAUGGUGUUGAGGGAAGCACUGAUGCCAAGGAUGAUUUAUGUCUCAGUGAGUCAGAUAAGACAGAUGCCAGAAUGAGAGCUUAUAAGAAAAUUGUUGAAUUGAGACACAUGCUGGAAAUUGCUGAGAGCAACUAUAAACACCUGGGAGGGAUAACAGAAGAAGAUCUAGAGCAGAAGAAAGAACAGCUUGAGUCUGAAAAGACUAUCAAGGAGCUGCAGGGCCAGCUGGAGUAUGAACGGCUUCGUAGAGAAAAAUUAGAAGGUCAGCUGGAUGAGUAUCGUGCAGAGGUGGAUCAACUCAGGGAGACACUGGAAAGGAUUCAGGUCCCCAACUUUGCUGUGGAAGAUGACUCUUCUUGUGAGUCAAGCAAAGAGAAGAGGCGAAUUAAGAAAAAGGUGUCUUCUGGGGGAGUUUUUGUGAGAAGCCAAUUUGUUACUGUCUUGGGGCAGUUGCCUAGAUCUGCCGCACCCUGAAGAUCUGAUUGUUGGCUUUGGGCCUUGCUGGCCACAGCCUUCUCACCACACCCCCGACUGCCCACCCUCUGGACCCUGGCACGUACUUUCCGUGGAUGCUUAAAGGCCAUUCUGACACAGUAUCAUCGGGACCAGUUUGCCCUAACAUGAGCGUAUUUGCAUGGGAGACCAGUUCAGGCUGGUCGGGGGUCUGUAAGCCAGUUUUAAAAAAUGCCUCACCUAUCCUUUUGAUCAUUGUUAGUUUCUCUAUGGUUUGCAAAAGGCCUUCGAUCUAUAAUAAAACAUUUAUUUGGUAUGUACUAUGUGUGAGACCUGUGCCGAGUCCUUUCCACAUACUAUCUUUUAAUUCUCACCACAGCAGUAGGAGAUAGGUGUAUUUUACAGAUGGGAAUUAAGUAAUUUGCCCAGAAUCACAUAGCCCUGUGAAGCCAGGAUUCUCACCUCAGUGGGGAAAGUUCAGAGUCUGCAUUCUUAACCACUACAGGAAUUCCCGAACCCAGUUUCUCACCUUCUGGGACUAGACACAGCCUUCCUUCCAGGCUGGUGACCCUAAGGUGAAUCCCUACUCUGUACAUAGUUUGUUAUUCUUGCUCCAGUUUUCUCAAGGCCCCAUCUCCAGU